AUGACCACCUGGGUGCCGAUUCCCGGCACCAGGCUGCCGCACGAGGCGCUGCAGGUUCUGGUGCGGUGUGGCGGAAGGGCGCACCCCAAUGAGGUGGACGCGGAGAAGGCUCCGCAGGCUUCGCGACGAUUGAAGUUUUCCGACUUCGCCGACCAAGUGGGGCUCUGCCAAGAGCCGGGCAGCAACACUUUGCUGUGGCUUAUAGCGCAGCACAUGCUGGAGCUGCCCCUGCCCCCUCAAUGGUCAAUGGAAGAGGGCUACAUGGGGCAAAUCUACUUCUUCAACGGCGUUGCGGGAGAAACGUCUUGGACACAUCCGCAGGCAGCCCUGUACAAGGACAUCAUCGACGAAGUCUCGUCAUGGCCUGCGGAUGCAGCCGCAGAGGAUGUCUACAGGUGGAGCUGGAGCUACCUCCAGAGGGCCCAGGCCGCAGCGGCGCAGGUGCUGUCCCAGUGGAGCGGGCCGCAUUGCAUUGAAGCAGGGCGGCGGCUGGACCGCACAGUGCAGAGCCUUGACGACCUGGACCGUUACUUCUUCAAUAUGACCACCGGAGAGUACAGUCGCGCGGAUCCCAGGGACGCCUUGGAGUUCGACCUGCUCCAGCAGCACAUGCUGCUGUCUUACUGCAUCCACUACGCUCGGCAGGGCUGGGGUUCCCCGGCUCAGCCGGAUGCCAAGGCCGAGCCCGGAAGCUCAGCUCCGGAGAUGAAGACCUACUCCGGCCACGGCUCCUCCGAGGAGAGCCUGGUUUCUGUCGUGGGGGGUGGAGGCAGUGAAGACGAGACGCAGGGUUCUGCGCCGCCAUCGCCUCGCAUCCAGGUCUUCGCGCCCGGAGCACCGAGGAAAGUGAAGGUAACGCUUCCGGUUCCGGCACGGCGACAUUUGGAGAAGGAGUCCCCAAAGGCAUCGCCGCAGACAUCGCCGAGGCAUUGCUUGCUAGUACCUCGUAUGGGAGAUGAUUCGGUGAAGAGCCAGCUGUCAUUCUACAGUGCCUUAUCUUCCUGCUCAGAAGAGGCUGCAGGACUGGAGGAGGCUGGUGGCAUGAGCCCAGUCGCCGCAGUGUGCUGA